UCGCCCUCAACCAAUAAUUGAAGAACGCAAACCAACACCUACAAAAACACCACCGAAGAAACCAACUCCAAAGCCUUCACCGUCCCCAAAAAUCUUACCAUCUCCAGUUGAAGAGAUGGAUAUUCCUGCCCCGAUCCCAGUCCAGGCUGUUGAGAGAGAACUUAGAGGUUCACGUCAAUCCUUGGCUACUGUACUCAGCCGUCGUUCCGAGAGUCCGCAAAGGGCACAACAUGCGUUUUAUAGGCCCUUGACAAGCGAUCCACUCGAAGAAAUUGAUAUUCCAAUGCCUAUUCCCAUAGACACACGUACAGGAGAUGCUCGACAUCUACUUGGAGAAGCCGAGCAUCCAUUGGAGAAAGUUGUAGAAACGCCUGAAGCAAAAAGAGCUCAACAUAUGUUUAUCCGACCAGGAUUUGAUAACAUUCCUGCCUAUAAUUGA